AUUUCAUAUGAAUUAUCCCCCUUUGUUCUUUGUUAUUCAUAAUUUUAGACAACAAAACACGUUUGUCUGUUUUCUAUUACAACUUCAGCAAUUAAUAGAAGAAACCACUAAAAUACAUGGGAUACGUAUCAGUAUUUAUCAAUGCUAUUAUUGUAGCACUGAUGGCUAUGUACGUGUACGAAAAUGAAAGAAGAAUAGGCGAAAUGUCAACUAGGCUUGCUCGAACAGGUUGGAAACUAUCAACAUUAAAAGAUGAACUUGAUCAAGUACAACAAGAACAGAAAGCAAUACAAAUUAAAAUUGGAGACAUGGAUCAGUUAUUAUCAAAAAAAGCAGGGAUAGAGGAAUUGGCUGAAAUAAAAAAUCAACUACUCAAAACACAUGAAAAAGGCCUUGAAGGGGAAAAGAAACUAUCAACUUUAGAAGGUAAACUUGAUCAAUUAAAACUUGAUAGUAAAGAAGAAAUGAAAGCAAUACAAGUUAAAAUUAAUGACAUGGAGCAAUUAUUAUCAACAAAAGCAGGGAUAGAAAAAUUGGCUGAGAUAGAAAAGCAACAACUCAAAGCACAGGAAAAAGCUGUCAACAGUAUAAUCAUAUGCGAAAGAAAUUCGGCCUUUAUCGUAUGUAAUUCGCACAUUAGUAUACUGGAAGCUAUAUACGGACGUCAAACAGAUGCAAAUAUUUGUCCAACGUUGGUAAAAACCAGCAACUGUAGGUCAUCUGCGUCCGAUGGUAGGGUGAAACACCAGUGCAAUGGGAAAAGUAUAUGUGAACUAACGGCAAGUAAUCAGCAAUUUGGUGAUCCCUGUAUCGGAGUUGGCAAGUAUCUAGAGGUCAAAUAUACAUGCACAUAGCUGGAAACAUUAACUGUUUUUUUAGACUGUGAGGUUUAUUCAGUUAUAACAACACAAGUGCAUUAAAAUAAUAUUGUCAACGUAUUACUUUUCAUAAGAAUGUAAAGGAGAGUGAAUGCGUACUGAUGAAAAAACGGUUUUAUCCUUCAAUCCAUAAUCAUAUAAAUACCUCAUGUAGGGCUAGUCUUAUUCAUACUCUAAAUACUAGUACACGUUUGUCAGACAAACAAUUAACUGCCCAAGGAAUAGAUUACCUUAGCUGUAUUUGACAAAACUUUUAGGAAUUGUUGGUCCUCAAUGCUAUUCAACUUCGUACUUUGUUUGGCCUAAUGAGUCUAUUUUUUAGAAGAAACGCGCGUCUGGCGUACACAAUGUCAACCCUGGUAUCUAUGAUGAGUUUAUUUAUCAUUAAUUCAUUUUAUAUGAAUGAUACAAAUAGGAACCAUCAAAAACCUUUAGUCGCAGAAAUACGGAUAGACCAUAGUCAAAAGAGCGAAACACGUAGAUAAAAAAUUCAAACACCGAAAAAAUUGUUUAACAGGAACCCCGCCAGUUACUCUAGAGGGGUCAAUAGUUCUUACUUAACUAGUGGUAAUCGUACGAUUCGUUUUACUCCUGAUGACAUUUGUUGGUGAGUAAGUUAAACAGUUUGGUGCAUUUGAUCAUACCAAAUUAUCUAAACAAUAGAUAAUUUUGUGACAAGGCACAUUACGUUAUCUUUUUUGAAAUGCAUAUAGUAUUUAAUUCGCAAGUAAAGGAAAACACGUGUUUAAUUAUUGUAUACGUCUCUGUUCCUAUUCUAAUGCUCAUUAAGGGAAAUUGCAUUCUGUCUCAUUUUGCUAUUAUAAUUUAAAAUGUUGUUUUAAUUUUAGUUAUUUUACAGUUAUGUAAUAGUGUUCUUCUUCAACAGAGUAUUACAAAUAAUUCAUUAGUUUUAGAGAAGUCCUUAAAUAUCUUCCUUUUUUUGUUAUUUCAGUAUGCUUAUUGAGUAUUUGGGUUUUAGUGACCAUUUUUGCCAAUGAAAACAGCGAACUCAUUGUGUUUUUAAAUCACCGUUUUUUUUUAAAUAAAGAAUUAACAGCAAAUGAGCCACUUCGAUCUGUCAAAUAUCUGACAAAGCGGUUCCAAUAGUAGUUUUAGUAAUUUACGAGUUACAUCCCUUUGUUGCCACUUAAAACUCAUGUGUACUGUUAUUGUUUUAGCACCAUAUGCUGUUAUUUUCUAGUGAACAUAAUUAAAAUAUUUUAUAACCUUUUCACUAAAUAUGAUUAAUUAUUCUUUUAUA